AUGGUUAAAAUGCGAGCAAACGGCGCCGACAGUGGCGAUGAUCAACAGGCUGUCAGUCUUCAGAUGGACAGAUUGUGGCGUCCGGUGUUUGACAAAUACGACGCCAACAAAGACGGUGUCAUUGAAUGCCAUCACUUCAAGCGGAUCCUUAAGGAAAGCGCUCAGAGGCCACGACUUCAGCGACUCAUCCGAUACGCGGCGAUGGCUGUGGUGCCGAAGUCUCAGCGCCGGUCCAUUAUUCGCAGAUAUCUCGAGGAAUAUAAUUGUAUGCCUCCGCCGCUGUUCCUUCUGGUGAUCAGUGUUCUGGAGAUCUCAGUAUUCGUGUACUAUUGCGUCGAUUUGGGACAGAUCUCAGCCAUAGGUCCGGUGCCGUGGAAGAGUCCACUCAUAUACGACCCGUGCAAGCGUCAGGAGGCCUGGAGGUUCAUCACCUAUAUGCUGAUCCACGCAGGCUUUGUCCACAUGUUCUUCAACGUCUUGGUUCAGCUAAUUCUGGGAAUACCGCUGGAAAUGGUGCACAAGUGGUGGAGAGUCGGCAUCGUCUACUUGUCAGGAGUCGCGGCGGGCAGUCUGGGCGCCAACAUCAGUGAUCCGUACAGUUUCCUCGCCGGUGCGAGCGGUGGUGUCUAUGCCCUCAUAUCCGCCCAUUUGGCGAGUGUUGUGAUCAAUUGGGGUGAAAUGGAGUUCAAUUGGAUCCGUUUGGCGGGUCUUCUGCUGUUCGGCGGAACUGAUAUCGGAGUCGCUAUUUAUGGCCGAUAUACCGAUGACAAGGAAAACAGGACCUCCUAUUCGGCGCACAUCGCCGGCGCUUUGGCCGGCUUUCUGGUGGGCAUUAAUGUGUUGCGUAACCUCCGGGUGCGCCGAUGGGAGACCAUUCUGGGAUGGGUUGUGCUCGUCGUCUACAUACUGCUCAUGGGAUUCGCCAUAAUCUUCAACAUCGCUAACAAAGAGCAUUACAUAAACCCCGAGAACCCCCUGCAGUGCCGUAUACCACAGACUCACGAUCCCAUUCAGGGGCCACAAUAGGGGGUCACUCCAGUCGGGAGACCCUUUUGUCUCCUAAGGUGACCAUCGCUAGUGUGUAGCCAUUGCUCACAAAUCGAUUGAUUUAUUUAUACAUAUCUUAAGUGAAUUUAUUGUUGAACUGAUUAUUCAUUUUUUUUGUUUACCAAUGAAUGCUUCAAAAGCUUUAAUUUCUACAUAUACUUGAUAAUUGAUAAUAGAGUUAUAUUUUGCUCUCAAUUUAUCUAUUGAACACAAUUUCUAUAUUCAUAGUCUAUAAAUGCAAUCAAUUUUUCAAAUUUUUAUAUUUAUUUUUG